AUGAUCAAGGAGAAGGAGAAGGGCGGGGGCGCCCGCAUUAAGGACGAACCCAACGAUCCAGCUGAACCAGGACAUGGCUCCCGACCGCCGUCCGCGUCGCUCCCGACGCCGGCGGCGCUGAAGAAGGAGCCCGAGGAGCCCGCGCACAGGGUCAAGCUGGAGCCGCACACGCAGGGCGCCGACGAAGCGAACCCGGAACUCGGCGUGGACGGCAUAAAGACCGAGAUCGACGGCCUCAUGGACAGCGACGGCGACCCCACAAAAUCACCGUCCUGCGAUAUGGGCGGCCCGGGUUCCUUGAAAUCGGAACGUCUCUCAUCAGACUCCAACGACAUCCUGGACCCGCAGACCGGCCUUAGAGGUUCAACGGGGAACCUGCAGGUAAAAAAACAGGACGGGAACCAGAACUGCCGCAACCCCGGCGGCGAGGGCCUCAACUCGUGCCGCAUGGGCGGCGGUCCCAUGGGCGGAGUCUCCAUGGGCCCCAUGUCCAGCGAGGCGCAGACCCUGCCGGCGAACGUGAUCAGCAAGCAGGCCGGCAGCAUGGAGCAGAGCCAGAUUUUCGUCUUCUCAACGCUGCUGGCGAAUAAAAGCGCGGAGGCGGUGAUAUCGGGCCAGCACCAUUCGAUAAUCGCCUACCACUGCGCCCAACCCAACACUAAGAAGUAUCUCGAGAAACAUCCAUUGAAAAUUGGCCAGUUCAACAAACAGAGCCCCGCUCAAUGGCUAAACAAUCUCGCGAUGGCGAAAAACCGCGGAGGCCUGAGGGGCGGGCCCAACAUGAUGGGUGGACCCAACCAAAUGGGCCACAUGAUGGGCGGCCCCAUGGGGCCGAAUAUGGGCCCUAUGGGCCACGCCGGCAUGGGGCACAUGGGCCCCAAUAUGAUGGGCCCCAGUCGCAUGGUGGGCCCCGGGAACCAGAUGAUGAUGAUGAAAGGCGGCCCUGGCCAGAUGGGACAAAUGGGUCCGGGGAUGGGUCCAAUGGAUGGGUUUCCAGGGGGCACCCCGUCCUGUGGUGUCAUGGACGGCCUCGGUGCUGAUGGUGAAAUGCCAUGGGACACCAAAAACUCCUCGGUAAUGUCGAACGGCAUGUCUAACGGGCCGCCGCUUUCGAUGCCGCCUUGCUCUGAAGCGGGGGACGCGCCCCCCUCCUCUGACGCCAACGACUCCUCGUGUCAGCCAGGGCCCAAAGCAGGCGUAAAAAUACCGGACGAAAACCUAACGCCGCAGCAGCGAGCACACCGCGAGGAGCAGCUCGCGACGAUAAGGAAGAUGCAGCAGAUGCUGUUCCCGGAGAGCGGCAGCGGGCCUGGGCAGGGGCCCGGCGAGGGCUCGCAGCAGCAGAACGAGAUCAACCCGCCCAACUCGACGGCGAACAUCAACAUGCCGUACCCCCCCAUGUCCGGGAUGGGCCCCAACGGCCCCAUGGUCUCGGGGCCGAACGGGCCCAUGGUCUCGAUGUCGAACAGCAUGAACAGCGGGCCCAGCUGCACUAUGUCCGGCCCCAUGGGUCCAGGGCCGAUGGGGCCCGGCGGGCCGAUGGGCCCCAACGGACCCAUGGGCGGCCCGAUGGGCGGAAUGGGAGGGCCCGGCGGUAUGGGCAUGGGCGGGCACGGCUCCAUGGGGCCUAACGGCAUGAUGGGACCCAACGGCCCCAUGAUGACGGGGAUGGGCCCCAACGGCCCGAUGGGGCCGAUGGGACCGUGCGGCAUGAAAGGCAUUAGGGGUCCUUGCGGAGGGCCCGAUAUGAAGACGGGGAUGUGUACGGACAUACAUAUGGGUAGGGGAUGCGGCGGGCCUAUGGGGCGUAUGCCUAAUCCGAUGGGCGGAAUGGGUGGGCCGAAGCCCUGCAUGAUGGGCGGUCCACACAUGGGACCUAGAAUGAUGCCUGGACCUAAUAUGAAUGCAAUGAAUGGCGGUAUAAUGAUGGACGGGAUGGGCGGAAUGGUGCACGGAGAUUGCGGGCCGGACCACCACGGGAUGCCGGUCAACGGGCCCAUGUGCGACGAGUACGGCCGCGGACGCAGUAUGGGGCCAGGAGACCCCGGCGGGCUAGGCCCAGGUCAUAAAGGUGGCCUGCGAAGCCCCAAGAGUCCCUCAGCCGCUGCAGAUAUCGACUGGCAAAAAUUGCACCACCAGUUCUUCGAUGACCCCAAAUCAAUGGAAACAGACCUCAGCACACAAGUGAAAUCACCAUGCUCCGAGAGAGGCGGAUGUCUACCGCCACCACCUUACGGCGCGUCGCCAUUACACCGCUCAGCAUCCGUGCCAAUUGCCACCGCGUCGCCGUCGCACGGCUCGGUGCAGAUGCCGAUGUCGGCGGAGGGCUCCCGCGCCGGCUCCGGCCUCAACAGCCCCGCCCACUGUAAGCCCGGGCACAAGCAGGAUGCGCCAGAGAUUCUCGAGAAACUAGACGACGGUGUGUUUGUCCGUACGCUCCAAUGUCUGGCGGCGCAGAGGAAGAGCCAACAGAAUGCGCACGGAAAGGAACCGAGUUUGAUGCCCGUGCCGUCACCGCAACAAAUAUCCUAUCUCAACCAAUUUGAAGGUCAAGAAUUAACAAUACAGAAGCAGCCAAACACAUCACUAAAAGACAAUGGGCCACCUUCCAAUAGCGGUGGUCAAACACCCCAGUCCAAUUCCAAUCAGAAAUCACCUGCUGGCAUGAUGCCGGGGACUCCUGAACCACACUCGUCCCAUUCGGAGCAGCGCUCGGGUCGCUUCUCGAUGGAGCAAAGUCCAGGAUUCAACAAUCCACAGACGCCCACAUCUGCUGCCAAUUCAAAAUGUGGAGACGAAAAGUCACGCCCCAGCCCUUCAUCGAACCGGUCGAGUCAGGACAGCGCGUCGAAAACGCCCCAAAGGGAGUCCUCGGGUUUGAACCAGGGGCCGUACGCGCCUAGCUCAUCCGCCUCCUCCUGCGCCGGUAGCGUCAAGAGCAGCUGCAGUAUCGCCUCAAGUACGGCGCCCACGUCGGUGAGCGGAAACAUGGAUGACAGUUUAGCCGGCAAUAAUGAGACGACAUUAUCGGGAGGUCCAAAUAGUACAAGCCUACCAGGUCCAUUUCCUGGUCCAUGCAGCAUGAACAGGCCAGACAAUAUUCCUAUCAAUCCGAACCAAGGUCCAAAUGGCCCCAUGGGUACCUCUACGUCUUCCUUUGACCCUAUAUCGUCCCUUGCCCAGAUGUCGCAACAACUCACAAACACAGUUGGAGGCGGUGGUCCAGGUCCUACAGGACCCAUGGGGCCUAAUGGCAGCGGAAUGGGACCUUUCGGUUCAGGGCCACAUCACAUGCAGCAUCACCAUGCAAUGCAUCCCCACAGUCAUCCGCAUAUGAUGAUGAAUGAUUUAGGUUGCCAUAUGGAUAACAUGGGAGGUCCAGGUAUAGGUGGACCUAUGGAGGGAAUGAUGGGCGGUGGUGACUUUCCUCCGGAUAUGAACUUAAGCCCUAAAAUGGGUGGGGGGCCUAUGGGCGGGCCGAUGGGCCCAAUGGGUCCAGACGCAUCCAUGCUCGGGCCCAGGAUGGGGGGCGGCGGCAAAAUGCCCCCGUUCAACGGGGCCAACGUCCAAGUGAAAGCGAGCGCGCCGAACACAAUACAAUAUUUGCCGACGAGGCCGCAGAUGCCGUGCAACACGGGCCCCCGGGGCCCGCCGAGCCUGGACUUCCUGCAGCGGGUCACGAACCCGAUGCAGAUGGACGGCGGCAAGGGCGUGCAGUACUUCCCGGGCGCGAGGGGCAUGGACAUGGAGGGCGGGAUGCGCGGCGUGAUGCGACCGCCGGGCGGCAUGCUGCGGAUGCCCCACUACCCGGCCGGCUUCAACUCGCCGCCCAAGAUGGCGGGCGACCCGUUCGGGGCGGGCGGGCCGGGCGGGCCGGGCGCCAUGUGCGGGCCCAACUUCAGGGGCGUCAAGGGCAUGGGGCCGGGCAACGUGCGCAUGGGCUCCGCGCAGCCGCUGCCGCCAUCCAUGGGCGGGCCCGGGGCGGGCUUCAAGGGCCAGGGCUUCGCGGUGCCCUCCACGGCGGACCCCAACUACGCGGCGCAGUUCCACAACUUCCAGCAGCAGCUGUACGCGACGGGCAGCCGCGCCGCCCAGCCCCACCAGGGCUACCCGCCCUACCAGCCGUCCAAG